AUGGCCCAUCAAUUCAAUUUCGAUUUGUCGGACGAGGUAGACGACCAUUACGAUGACUUAGAUGAACACGAUUUUGAUCAGAACAUUGGAGAUGACUACGGUUAUGAUGACGAAUUUGUUGGAAGCUACGGGCAAGAUCCUUCUCAUCUUCUUGAAAAUGUUGAACAACAAGGAAUAUCCAACACUGCAGUCAAGAAACAAGAAGGAGCGCUCGGAAGUAACAACGCCGUUAUUGGAAGCGUUGGUGUUGGUGCCCAUACACCGAAUUUCCAAAAAAUUAGCACCAGUUUCAGAAAGUCGGUUAAUCAGAACAACGGCUCUCUUGAAGACGACAAGCCUCGUAUUUUAUUAAUGGGCCUCAGGAGGAGCGGCAAGAGUUCCAUUCAAAAAGUAGUAUUCCAGAAAAUGUCUCCACACGAAACACUGUUCUUGGAAUCAACAAACAAAAUUGUGAAAAACGAUAUUUCUAAUAACACCUUUGUUCAAUUCCAAAUUUGGGAUUUUCCAGGUCAGAUAGACCUAUUUGGUGAUACUCAGAACUUUGAAUGUGAAUUAAUUUUCAGUGGAUGUGGGGCUAUUGUUUAUGUCAUUGAUGCUCAAGAUAAUUAUUUGGACAGCAUAACAAAGCUAGCCGAAACGAUCCAACAAGCAAGCAAAGUCAAUGAUCAAAUUUCAUUUGAAAUAUUCAUUCACAAAAUGGACGGAAUUAGUGACGAUCACAAAAUUCAAAUCCAACAGGACAUUCAACAAAGACUGUCAGACGAAUUAAAUGAUUCAGACGUUAAAAUAUCUCCAAAUGUUAAGACCAGAUUUCAUAUGACUAGCAUUUACGAUCAUUCAAUAUUCGAAGCUUUUAGUAAGGUUAUCCAAAAGCUAAUUCCUCAAUUACCUACAUUGGAGAAUUUAUUAGAUCUACUUGUAACAAACUCUCGGUUGGAAAAAGCUUUUCUUUUUGAUGUGGUUUCAAAAAUCUACAUUGCAACUGAUGCCACACCUGUUGACAACACUACAUAUGAGCUGUGUAGUGAUAUGAUAGAUGUUGUGAUUGACAUCAGUUGCAUCUAUGGCAAUAGACUGAAUGGAGGAGAAGGAACAUCAAGCGCCUAUGAUGAAGAAACUGGUGCUGUGAUCAAGUUGAACAAUGGAAGCGUGCUUUAUUUGAGAGAAGUUAACAAGUAUUUGGCAUUGGUUUGCUUGUUAACAAAAGACAGCUAUGAGAAAGUUGGUCUCAUUAAUUACAACUUCGACAUCUUUAAGCAAGCAAUUGAAAAUGUUUUUCAAGUGCGCUCUACUUUGCAAAAGAAAAAGCGUGAUAUCAAAAAGAAAAAAGAAAGUCGUUAA